CCCCGCAAUGAUUUCCUUUGUUCAUUUUGGCAGCGGCAAGUAGAUACGGCAGAGAAAGAGACAGCGGGUUACAGGAAGUCCUCCGCUCCCUCUCUCACUUACAUUAAGCAAGUCAUGAAGAGCGAUCUUGAAGGUAUGUCACUCCAUCAUAAAAUAAUCGCUAAUUACGUUCACACCGAACUUAGUCCCAGGUGUACGUGUUACCAACAAAACAUGUCGUACCUCUCCCAACGAACGUCCAUCUAG